AUGUUGGAUACCGAGCCGACGACAAAUCCGAUCCGCUUCUCCGGACUCAUCUCGCAGAUCUUGUCUUAUGGCACCGUGCUGAUCCGUAGCGCCAACACAAAUGUAACAGAGUCGGCUAAUAUAAUCAGCAGAUUGGCGGAAGAAAUAAAGCACAUCCCGCAGGAACCGUCCAUGCUCUGCGCGGUUUCUGUUGCCAAUCCGCUGUCUGAUUACACGGCAGAGAUAUGGUGCCAGCCACAGGGGCAGGCACGCGGGCCCUGGAUCAGGGGUGUUCCGCUACCCCUGCCGGUCUGGGCCCAUUACGAGUCACCAGCCCUGACCGUCUCCACGGUCGAACAGUACGAGGAAUUAGCAGGCAGCGUUGAACUUGAAACGCAACGCUUAUUGCGUGAGCAUCGCUAUGACACUAUUGGCAAUUUCCUCAGGUUCUACAGGGACUACACUGCAAGUGGAGAAAGUGCGCUGGAUCGAUUCUACCGGAAAUAUCAGCCACUAAUAACACACGAACACCAUACUUGCGUCGGUCUUGGAUUUGAAUUAUUACAUCGAUUAACAGGAUUGAAUAAGCGGUUCCCAGGAAUAGCAAGUGGCCUCUACUUAGUAUCUUGUGAAGAGACGAUUGGUGAUAUCGCCGGCUAUGUUGGCGGUCCACCAGCGGCAGAUAGCGGCGAGAAGGAGCAUGUCUUAGUGUGCCUGAAAAUCGAGAUUGGCGAACGCCGCGGCGUCAUGCUACUCGAUCCCGGUUACCACGUAGCGCGCGUUAUCACUGUGAUGGCCGAUAAGUUAUACCCUCACACGGGCUGGUUCACGCAAUCCGAUGAGCCGACCUGUAAGAAAGAGUACAACUACUGUCUGUGUGCCGACGAUCCCGAUUAUGUCGAGUGGCACGAGAGAAAAACUCGACCUGGUGCCUUGGAGACGACGCAAGUCGCUCUCAUUUAUGUGGCAAGGCCAUAUUUAACUGCCAUUGACGUUACGGAACGUAGAAACUUGGUUUAUAAUCAGAGAAGUCUCCUUGCCAGAGAUACUAAGGGUCACGUCACCGCCGGCAUAUAUUUCCCCGUCGUACUAGAUAUAAACAACAGGCAGACCUUCACGAUUUUCUAUCAGACUGGAAACGGGAAGAAGCGAGUCAAGAUGGAGUUCAACAAGUUCUGUGGUUCGCGUAAGAUAAAUCCUGACACUGAGGAAAUGGAGAUGAUAGCGGAAUGUGCUCGACAACUCAAUAUUUCGCAAGAUAUCUUGGUAGAUAUCCUCUCUGCUCUGGCCACUGUCAUGAGCAAUUCAUCAUUUGUGGCGCAGCUGUUGGCUAUCAACGCGACAAUUAACACCUUAGCAGAGGACAAUUAACAAACCGAAAUCACUCCAACCAAUGGAGCGUCGACACAACGUUACGUUUUGUUACUUCUUUUGCCCGCUUUCCUCUUACGUUCUUUCUCUUUUAUUAUCUCUCGUAGCUUAUUUGUUCUUUUAUUUGUCAUAGUUGCGCUUUGUUACAACGCUUGUAUACUUGCACAUAUACAGAACGAAUCACGUGAUUUUGCAAACUCCUCACUUUUCAAUUAGCUUGAAUCUUUUAUACACUGAUAAAUCGAUAAGUACAAAGAAAACAAUUAUUUAAAUUUUAAAUUGAUUUAAGCAGUUGUAUACUGCAGAAGUACGUCGAUACUUCUGUUAGAAGGAUAUAAUUGUUAACUUAUUAUUUCGCGUAUAAAAGUAUUAAUCGUCAAUCCUAAAACAGACAUGAUUCACUCAGAAUGCAUGAUUCAGCUUUUAUAACAAAGCGUUGCUUUUUUACGAUAAGAUUCGUAAGAUAUUUCCGACAAUUCUAAUAUUGUUUUACGUAUGCAAUUCAAUGAGAACAUUAACAGAUGCGAUCGAGUGGUCUAAAAUAUACACGGUUUUAAACCUGAUGAUUUUAUAUAUUUGCUUUUUCUCUAGAAUGCAACGCGAAGCUGAUGAAGCAUUUUAUUUUUGUAACUAAAAGAUUUUUAAAUGUUAUAUUUUGCUUCUUUUUACAUUUACUUUUAUUCUUGGAUAUGUAAGUUUUUUGGUUCUAUGGUAAUAUAACAGAUCGGUGUGCUAAUAUUUUCAUUGAAAGAUAUUGGCACUAAUGCAGUUAAUAGAUUACUAUUUAUGUAGAAAGGACUGCACUGAAAUUUAUACAUUGGUACAAGGGAUAUUUUCGUUCUGUCGCGUGCGCGCGCCCGCGCACGUCGUUUCUUUAGAAUAAAAUAAUACGUAUACCUUUCAAUUGUAAACACAAAAUUUGACCUUAUUUGAAUAAAUUGUUUGAGGGAAAAAAAUAUUGUCUUAAUA